CGGCCAUACCCAGCAGCCCGCUCUCCGUCCCCACGUCUGCCACACGCAUACACACACACACUCCCACCGCCGUCCCCCUCGCCCCCCAGCUCCUUCGCCAUGCCUCCAGGCGCCGUCGUCGACGCGUUCAAGAAUCUCAUCAGACAUGGCAAGGGCCAUAAUCACAAGGACACAGAGCUGUCCCCCCCUCCUCCUCCGACCACCACCGCCGCAAACCCUCCUCCCGAUAAGUCUUCCCACCACCGCGCUCAGCACCAGGCACAGCCCCGCCAUGAGCACCGGCACCAGCAGCAGCAGCAGCAGCAGCAGCCGGAGCCUGCAGCCGCUCCACAACCGCCCUCGUCCCAAUCACAGGCAAAGUCCCAGCAAUACGCCCGCGAGGUCGAACAGAUCGUCCAGGAAGAGCGCGAGGCGAAGGACAAGAUCCCGCAAUACAAGGGCCUCGAGCGCUUCCAGCUCGUCGUCAAGAUGGGAGACGGCGCGUUUUCGAACGUGUACAAGGCCCUCGACCUCGCUUCGGGCAAGAAAGUCGCAGUCAAGGUCGUCCGCAAGUAUGAGCUCACCACGACCCAGCGCGCAAAUAUCCUCAAAGAGGUCCAGAUCAUGCGGACGACGAGCCACCCCUCGGUCGUCAAGCUCCUGUCGUUCUCAGAGUCGCAAGAACAUUAUUUCUUGGUCCUGGAAUUGCUGGAGGGCGGCGAACUGUUCCAUCAGAUCGUCAAGCUCACGUACUUUAGCGAGAACCUCGCGAGACAUGUCAUCCUCCAGGUCGCGCACGGGAUCAGAUAUCUGCACGAAGAGCGCGGUGUCGUUCAUCGGGACAUCAAACCCGAAAACUUGCUCUUCGAGCGCAUACCCAUCAUUCCCUCCAAGCACCCCGUGCAACGGCAGUACGACGAGGACAAAGAGGACGAAGGCGAAUUCAUACCCGGCGUCGGAGGUGGCGGUAUCGGGCGCGUCAAGAUCGCCGAUUUCGGUCUGUCCAAAGUCGUAUGGAACGAAGAGACCAUGACGCCCUGCGGAACGGUCGGUUACACCGCGCCUGAGAUCGUCAAGGACGAGCGGUACUCGAAGAGCGUCGACAUGUGGGCGAUGGGAUGCGUGUUGUACACGCUUCUGUGCGGCUUCCCGCCGUUCUACGACGAGAGCAUCAACGUCCUCACGGAAAAGGUCGCUCGAGGGUACUACACGUUUUUGAGCCCUUGGUGGGAUGAUAUCAGCUCGUCGGCCAAAGACCUCAUCACGCAUCUGCUCUGCAUCGAUCCCGCUCAACGAUACACCAUCGACGAGUUCCUCGCUCAUCCCUGGUGCAAUGCUGCUCCGGCCCCUCCUCCCCCGCCCACGCCCAGGAUUGUGGAAAUGCCCAUAGACUCCCCGUUGUUGUACUCUGCCCGCGGCGGGCGCGACGGUCGCUCUCCGGGUCUCGCGACGCUGAAGGAAGCGUUCGAUAUCACGUAUGCCGUGCAUCGGAUGGAGGAAGAGGGCGCGCGGCGGCGCGCAUACAAGGGCCGCGGCGGUGCCGGCAUGGCGGGGCUCCUCGGCGGACUGAACGAGGACGACGAGGACGAGGACGAUGACCACGUGGAGGGCACGGCGGUCGAGCGGUCGAAGGAGAUCUAUGACGGGCGCGCGGGUCAGCGGGACGCGCCGAGGCGGUCGAAUCGCGCUGGGUUUGAGCUCAAGCUCGACGGCGCGACUUUGCUCGGGCGCAGGCACAAGCGUGGGGUGGACGGCGAGAGCUCGCUCGCGCGGCAUGCCGCCGUCCUAGACCCGAACACGAUCGAUGCGCCGCAGAGCCCGAUGCACUUGUGAUGCCCGCCGUCGAUCGCUGCUGAACCCCACCUCACCCGCACGUCCGUUCCAGUUUCUCCUCCGCUCCUUCCUCCCAACGCGGGGUUUCUUUUUUACGCGCACGACGUGAUGCGCGCCCCGCUCCGCUUUCUCCGUUCGAACACACGCCUAGCACACAUAAUGCCGCUGUAUCAAUGCCGCCCGCUGCCCCCCCGUCUUGUCUUGUCUUUGCGCCCCGCCUGUACCAACGACCCGCGACCGAUCUCGUAUUUUACAUUCAACGACGUCGUCCUGCGCAUCCAUCCAUACAUCCAUACGUUCAUCCAUACGUCCAUACAUAUACACAAACCUGUUCCAUCUGAUUGAUGUGUUUGUUCUUUGAUCAUUAUUCCCCCGCCUCCCCCUCCCAUGUGCACAUUGUUCAAUCCAUUACAUGCGUGUAUUUUUUUUUCCCUGUCUGCGUCUUUCACUUUGACGUUGCAGAUGCU